UGCAGGCGAGACCCUUUCAAGAUGGCGGCCGCGCUGCUCCAGUUUCAGUCGGUAUGACUUCUACGCAUAUGGCUGUGAGCAGUGAUACGAACCUGUUUUCUUAGUUUACAAAAGCAGCUUCCUUAUUAUCGUUCUAAAACCUUCACUAAAGUAAUACUCAGUUGUUGGUGAUGGCAUCGAAAAGAGGCGCUCUGAUAGUUCUGGAGGGAGUGGACCGGGCCGGGAAAACGACGCAAUGUAAAAAACUGGUGGAAGCCCUGCAGCAGAGCGGCCGUCCGGCUGAGAUGAUGAGAUUUCCCGACAGGACAACAACCAUUGGACAGCUGAUCAGCUCCUACCUGGAGAAGAAAAGUGAUUUGGAGGACCACACGGUGCACCUGCUGUUCUCUGCAAACCGCUGGGAACUGGUGCCUUUGAUGAAGAAAAAGUUGGAGCAGGGCAUCACUCUGGUUGUGGAUCGGUACGCCUUCUCUGGUGCUGCUUUCACCAGCGCUAAACCUGGUUUCUGCUUGGACUGGUGCAUGAAACCUGACGUGGGACUGCCGAAGCCCGACCUUGUCAUGUUCCUGCAGCUGAACCCGGCCGAGGCGGCUCUGAGAGGCCAGUUUGGAAUUGAGCGAUAUGAAACCAGCGCGUUCCAAAAGUUGGUGCAGCAGAAGUUCCAGCUUCUGAUGAAGGAUCCUUCAGUAAACUGGAAGGUAAUCGAUGCAUCACAAAAUAUUGAGGAUGUUCAUGACAACAUCAAAAGCCACAGCCUUAAAGCCAUCAACACAGCAGAGAGAACACCACUGGGAGAGCUGUGGAAGUCAGUCAGCUAAGAAAUGUACAAAUAAUGUACACAGUUCGCUAACUGACUGUUUAUACAUCCAGUAUGAGAGAUCACACACAGAGUUGUCAAAGAAUCCGUUUUUAUUUUUUGUUUUGAAACUGCAUUUCUAUUAUUUCUAAGUUUUUGAUUAAAUAAAUAAUUUUCAACUAG